UCCUAUCAACAGAACCAAAUACAAAACUUGUACACCUAUUGUCCUUGAAGAAUACAAAAUCUAUAAUGAAUAUUUAGACAAAAUAUGCCAAGUGAAAAGUGGCAAACAAGGGAGAAUGAAAAGUUGGUUUGGAAAUGAAAAGUUUUCAAGCUUUUUUCUAUUACUUCCCAGUUUUCAUUACAGCCAUUGAAAUGUACUAGCUAGCCUAACCAACAAUCUUUACUUAGAUUAUGUACCUCAAAAUUCCAUAUUCUUUUGCAUGUUGUAUUUAAAAAACCAAUCUUAUUUAGGAAAACAGCAGACACCCCUACAAUUUUUAUUUGCAUCUGUUGAUAGCUUGGACAGUUAAACAUGACAUUCAAGAAAAUGGGCAUCCAUCAGUCAUCAAAAAUAUAUAAACAAAUGAUCAUAGAGAUAUGUGUUUUAUCUUCUUGCCACAAAUUGAAUUAUUCCUUUGUUGUUUAGAGUAAAAUUCUUGAAGUUGUAUACAAGUAAUAGUAGUAGUAGAUCUGCUUUAUAUCAAGCCACUGCCAAGAAGCACAGAUUCUUUUCAAAUGUGCACAUCUACAACCCUCCCUCCAAACCUAAUUACUCUUAAGAUUUUUCUAUUACAAACUCUUAUACAAACAACAUGCCACAUGUAUAUAUGUGACAGUAAGAUGAACUUGAACUACUAUUUGUAACAGAGGAAGUAGAGUAUUGUAUGUUAUUAAAAUCUGCUAUUUUUCUUUUUAGCUUUUGUUGUUUUGAUUAAUUAACUCAUUGCUCUUUGCUGCUUAAAGAUUCCAUUCAUUUGGUCCUUGUCCUUACCACUCAUAGGCUUAGAUACCUCCCCCCUACCCUACCCUACUCCCUCUAUUUUUGAGAUUUUAGGCAAUGUGCAGAGCUGGUUCACACAUACAUUUCAAUUUCAUUUUCCACCACUUUUUGAGUGUAUAAAUAGGGGUGUGGUUCCUCAACUUCAUUACAUAUCACAAGGGAAUUCUUCAACUAUUGAGAACUUAAGUUUCAUAGCCGAAAUGAGCUUCUCAAAUUCAUCAACAGGCUCUGGUAGAAGAACAUUUGAAUUUGGAGGUACAUAUGUGGUUAAGCCAAGAGGAAAACACCAGGCCACGAUAGUUUGGCUCCAUGGUCUCGGUGACAACGGGUCCAGCUGGUCACAACUCUUGGAAAGCCUCCCUCUUCCUAAUAUAAAAUGGAUAUGCCCCACUGCUCCAACUCGCCCCGUUACUUUACUAGGUGGAUUUCCUUGCACAGCAUGGUUCGAUAUGGGAGAGCUGUCUGAAGAAAGUUCGGAUGACUUGGAAGGCUUAGAUGCCUCAGCAGCACACGUAGCUAACUUGCUCUCAACUGAGCCUGCUGGCAUCAAGCUUGGUGUUGGAGGCUUUAGCAUGGGAGCUGCAACAGCUCUCUACUCUGCAACUUGCUUUGCUCGUGGCACAUAUGAGAACGGCCGCGCUUACCCUAUCACUUUGAGGGCCGUUCUCGGCCUCAGUGGUUGGCUUCCCGGAGCUAGGAGCAUGGCUAGCAAGAUUGAUAGAUCGGGCGAGGCAGCUAGGCGAGCUGCCUCUCUCCCGAUCUUCCUAUCUCACGGACUUUGUGAUGAAGUUGUUCCUCACAAACAUGGCGACAUAUCAUACCAAUCUCUUCGCAUGUCCGGUUUUCGAAAUCUAUCUUACAAGACAUAUGAAGGGAUUGGACACUAUACUGUGCCUAGAGAGAUGGAAGAUGUUAGCAACUGGCUAAAUAUGGCCAUGAGGUUUUAGGAUUUAGGGUGCUAUUGGUUUGUGAGGGUUACUCGAUUCGACUUGACUUCACUCGACUCGACUCAACUCUAACUCAUUAAAAUUGGGAAAAUAAAAGGAUAGUGCUGUAGAUUUGUAGCAAGAGAUGUGGCUUGCAAAUGUGCAAUGUAAUUAGUGGUUUAUCUUCUACUAUAUGCUUUUAUUGGCUUUGAUAUGA